CGAAUUUUUUAAAUAAUGUCUGUAAUUGAAGACGUUGUUGGACAAGUCCCGUGGGUUGGUCCAACUUGCUGUAAAAAUACACUGUCUGUGGUUGUUUUAUCGUCAAACGUGGACUUAACCGAAAAGAUUUCUGCAGCGCUCACUGAAGUUCACACAAAAGGGAAUUUUCGAUGGAAAUUAAUAGUGCUAGGAUCUUUUCAACUUGAGGAUGUGGUUAGGCAAUCUGAUAUUACGGGAAGAGUGGCUAUUGACUUUGUAGUUGUGGCUAUGGACACAAGUAGAAUGAUCUGUUUAGAUUGGACCAAGAAAGCAGUCCGGCAGGUGCAUCCAGACCUUCGAACGCGGAGAACAGUGCUCGUGAACGCCAGUGGAUUGCCGAUAAACGGCAUGGCGGUGAACCCUGACGAAUUGAUCAGUUUACAAUCAGAGUUGAAGGUGGAUAUGCUGACUGGAAAUGUUUUUAAAUCAGAUGAUGCUGUAUUUUUGGCUCGAAGAUUGUUGAAGUACAUGGAGGUCUCUAUUGGGGUGAACACUGGAAUACCUAAUUUGAAUGUGUAGUCUGAUUUACUGUGGUGUUAGGUGAACAAUA